UUUAAAUAAUUUUGAACUGCGUUGACUAGAUGACAAUCAAAUCGCCUUUCCUUGUGCAGUAACUCUGUAACUUGUAACGGGCCGAUUCGCUGGUUAACAACACUCAAUAGUAUAUUCAUCUCAUUAGAUAGACUCUAUCUAGUUCUACCAUGAAGAUAUUUACAGCAAUCUGCUUAGUUGUUCUGUACUCCUUCGCUCUAGUUUCAUCUGAAGUAGAGGCAGAUGUUAAAGAUGAAAAGGAAGUUGAAGAGAGUACAACAGGCAAUGAGGAAGAAGUUGUGGAUCCAGCCAAAGUAGAAUAUGCUAAGGGUUCAGUCUGUUCUUAUUGCUCUUAUUGUGAGUUCUGUAAAUUGUGUUCAGACUGUCCAUGUGAGACCAGCAAAUCUAAACCCAAUUGCAAAAUGUGCAAGUAUUGCAAGUUCUGCUAUCUCUGUGAUGCUUUCUGUGAUACUGUAUGUACUGCAGGUGGUAUUUUAGAUCGAGUUUCUGGUGCUAUUGUUAACUCUCUACCGACAUUUAACAAGGAAGAAGUAGAUGGAGAUAUUGACUCAGUCAAAGACUGGAUCAAGAGAAAAGAUGAGCUUUAGAAGACUGGAAUGGAAUACUGUAGUAUUUUUACAAAUUAUUUUUAUACAUGAUAUUUUGUUUUGUUAUUAAUUUAAAUUGUGUACUAUCAAAUUCUGCCUGGAAUUUAAAAGAUUAUUACCGUAUAUUAGGUAUUUUAUUUUUAUGUUAUAUUCGGUAUGAAAUAUAAUUUUUACUCCUGAGAUCAAAUGUACAUAUUUCUUUACAACUACAACAAAAUUCCACAUGGUAAUAUUUUGUUUCAAUUUCAAGUGUAGGUCAAAUAUAAUUUUGUAUUUUAUAUCAUUAUGCACAACUUAGUGAUGUACAUAACUAAACAACGUUGUUGUUUUUUUUCAACGUCAAAAUUGACCUUUGUUUCAUAUACAUUUAGGCGCACAUAGCAUGUGUUGAUGUGUCUGGAUUAUUGUUUUCAAGUUCCAGCUCUGUCCUUAACUGUAGGGUGUGAUGGACAUAGAAUGCACUAAGCAUUUUCUCAAGUCACACAUUUGUGUGUAUGUGUGUAUGUAUGUUGAUGAAGUGUAAUGGUCAUCCAUUGUUAAACAUUCCACUAUUUAUCAUCAACUUGUACCAUGUUGAAUCAAGCUUGGUCAACAUUAACUUAAUUUGUUUUGUUGAAUUUUUUAAAACUGUUUUUUUAAAGUGUUUUUUCUGGCUUGCAAAUAUUUGUCUAGUUUUUAAGAUCAUGUUGAUUUUAUAUUGAAAAAUAAAUUUGGUUUUCAUUUAAAUCGUAAGGAUUUUGCAUUUAAAAAACUUGAUUUAAAAAAGCAAAUUCAAAUUAUGAUGUAUUUUGUGUUGUAUUUAAUAAAUUAUAAAAUUUUGU